AUGAACCGAACCGCGUGGAGGGUUCUCGUGGCGCUCUUGGCCUUCCCGGCUGCAGGGCACGCCAGCCAAAGCACGUGCCAGUGCGACGGCAUCGCCGACUGGGACGACCCCAGCUUCGGCAGGUGCGACUGGUGGGGCGAUGUCCACAUCACCAAGAGUUGGAAUUCCCCCGAGGUGUUUGACUUCCAGUCCCUAGGCGUCUACUCUUAUGCCUCGACCACCAAGUGCGGAGGAGACUUCGAAAUGCAGAUCUUCCAGUGCCCUUACAGCAAGAACGGCAAUGCUUUGACCAACGAGGGCAUCUGUGGGGCUCCGUCUUUCGGCGGUGAGUAUGUGCCCCCUGACAGCCCAGACAUGCUCUUCCCCGAUGCAGUGUUCGACGACAUGUGCGGCUACUGCAAGUCUCAGACCGGCGUCUCCGUUCCAGGUUGCGACAGCGGUGCUCCGGGCGCUGGUGGCGACGAGCCGGAGGUGUCGCCGGGUUGCGAGUUCAUGCAGUUGAGGCCCAAGGGCAGAAGGGUCGUGGAUUGCGCUGGCGACCAGGACGCCGUGAUCGAGGAGGCCAAGGCGGAUGGUGAGAACUGCGUGGCCUACGUGGGCUUGGGGAAGUCCUUCUCGUGUUCCGAGUUCUGCGCCGAGAAGGGCUCAACCUGCGAGAUGGCCAUCGACCAGCCCAACGGCCAGCAGUGCGUCGCCUCCGUGUCCAGCCUUGAUCAGAUUGACACGAGCACG